UUACGUAGUUAUUAUAAAAGGGAGCCGUGUCAUGUGAGCUCUCAAAGCUGGGGGAAAGUAUGGCGCUCAGUGUUGUGUGGUUUAUAACCACCGUUUUUAGUUUAGUUCAUUUAACACCGUUAAUUUUACUCGAAGAGGAAUAUAAACAGUGGAUGGCACAGCACAACAGACUUUAUGACACUGAGGAGUAUUACCACCGGCUCCACAUAUUCACUGAGAAUAAGAGGAUAAUUAAUCACCAUAAUGCUGGGAAUCACUCCUUCACAAUGAGCCUGAAUCAGUUCUCAGACAUGACAUUUGAGGAAUUCAGGAAAUUAUAUCUUUUGACAAUGCCUCAGAACUGCUCAGCUACUAAAGGGGGUCAUGUCAGCAGGACUGGUCCUAACCCCGAGUUUGUAGACUGGAGGAAGAAAGGCAACUUUGUGACUCCCGUGAAGAACCAGGGUCACUGUGGCAGCUGCUGGACCUUCUCUACCACUGGCUGUUUGGAGUCAGUGAAUGCUAUCGCUACCGGGAAGCUGAUACCUCUGUCAGAGCAGCAGCUGAUAGACUGUGCCAAAGCCUUCAACAAUCAUGGAUGCUUGGGUGGGCUCCCCAGCCAGGCAUUUGAGUACAUCAAAUACAGCAAUGGUCUUAUGACUGAGGACGACUAUCCCUACAAAGGCCAUGAUGACUCUUGCCAUUUUGAGCCUGCACUUGCAGCUGCUUUUGUCCUGGAUGUUGUCAACAUAACAAGUUAUGAUGAAAAGGCCAUGGUUGAUGCUGUGGCCCGGCUUAACCCUGUGUCCUUCGCUUUUGAGGUCACAGCUGAAUUUAUGCACUACAAAGAAGGUGUUUACACCAGUACCCAGUGUAAGAACACAGCAGACAUGGUGAAUCAUGCAGUCCUGGCUGUGGGUUAUGGCGCUGAAGAGAACGGCACGCCAUAUUGGAUUGUGAAGAACUCUUGGGGCACAGCCUGGGGAGUGGACGGAUAUUUUUUGAUUGAGCGGGGGAAAAACAUGUGUGGACUGGCUGCGUGCUCUUCCUACCCUCUACCUUUAGUUUGAGGACUAACAGCAGCAAAGUGGAAGACUGACCAAACUGACCAAAAAUGUCACCCAGAGAAAACAUAAAUGCAGUGAAUGUGUUUGAAAGUUUGUGCUUUCAUGUCCCCUGAAGUGUUUAAUGUGGAAGUUUGAUUUCUCAACUAUAUGUACAGUAUUAUCCUGUAUUGUGAAAAAAUGCCAUGAACACAAACACACAUAAUAUAAGAAAAAGUUCAGCAAUGUAUUUUAGCCAUUUUUUUUAGGAAAGUUUGUUUCACAAUAUCACAAGUAUCACAUGUUACGAGUUCAGCGCUACAGAGUAACCACAUUCUUGUACAUUUAGCUAUGGUGCAGCUCCACUGCAUCAUGUGCACACACAAGUAAAUCUAAAGAGUACAUAAUGCAUGGGUUAGAAUACCUUGCUGUUAAACUUGCUGAAGUGCAUGUGCCAUACUGUAACAGGCCAGCUGUUACAGUGUGAUGAAGUUUUAAUCAGUUUGUGUUUCCUGAGUAUUUAAGUUUAUUCUGGUAUAGGUAGGCAGAUCUGCUCGGGGUCCUGCAGUUACAGAUGACAUAACACAUUUUGAUUGGCUGUACGUCUGAAAGUGUACUGAUGCCAUGUGUUUGCGCUGCAGGCGACCAAAUUUUAAUUGUGCGAUUGUGUAAAGAAAGAGAUCUACAUCUAAUAAAAUGUUAUUGCCAAACUUUA